GAAUCGAAUAGUGUGCGUGACCGCCGAAACCUAUGAGGGGAGAAAUUUCUGGCUUUCAAGGAUUCGGCUCGUUUGGGGACCCUUGUGGCCAACCCGGUUCUCAGUGCGUGACAAGAUGACGCUGUUUGCAACCAGUUGCAUCCUUCCCCAUGACCUGCCGCGGGGGCCUCUUUAGCGUCGAUCUUGGGUCAUCAACAAGUCAGAUAAGCUUUUUCCCUGUUGCACGGCGCGAGGAGGCAGCAGCAGCUCCUUUUAAGGCAUUGUGCAGCUCCGAGCGACCUGAAGACCUCUCGUACUUCGCCGAAGGGAUUCGAUCGGCACGAUCUGACUGUGUUCCUCACCACCUCAACUCGACUUCGCCACGUCAUGGUGGCUUUAUUGAGUACAUACAGUGCCUGCUACAGCUCUGCGCGGAAGCAGCUCGUUCGCUGCAGUUGUUCGAUUCGAGGCUGAUGAAAGGAGAGGGUAGAGGAGCCAAUAUGCUUUGGCCAUUUCCCACGUGUGUAACCCCCACAAAGCCCGGAUUCCUCAAGCGCCCGCCCCUCAGACAUGUGGGCAGUCGUAUGGUCAGAAUUGCACAGCAGCUGAGCAGGGUCGUCAGCCGUCAGCCUGAGUCUGGCAUGCGUCCACAUUUCCCCUCGACAGAUCGCAUUUCCGAUCUCAAUGUUGAAGGACAAGGUGAAGUUCCUCUCAUCAUUCGGGAUCUGCCGGUUGCCCGCUGCCGGGUUUUCGUCCAAAGGGUCCACGGGAGCGGGGGAUGUGCGCUUCGCUUGAGGCACGACCCUGCCGAAACUUCGCCUGUCUUCGAUCCCAUCACACAUGGCCGGUUCUGCCAAGAAACCUUGAACCCUGAACUCUUCAAGUUGCCUUGAGAGGUCCUUUGACAGAGCUUGCGGCCACUGAAUUCAGCAGACAGUGCAUUUGAACGAAACUCAGAUGUCGCACUGUGCUCCCACUCAGAUCCCAAAAUUUUCGUUGCAGCACCGCAGCCAACCUUUUUCCUCUCCUCAGAAUACAUUCAUCCGCAACCAGCGCCGCAUCUAAGGACUCCUUUUCGCUGUGUCCCGUGAUUGCUCAUAGCUAGUUGCUAGAUUACCUCGCCGUCUGUUUGAGGGAAUACAGAGCGCAUCGCUGUGACGUUUUCCUAUGGUUAAUCCCGGCCACAUCUCCCAACUCCCUACACUGAUCAACUGCCUCUGCUUUGUACACUGCAUAUCGCUCACGCGCCACCAUGUCACCGAUCUGCGGUUGGGUUCAAGAUUCCUGUUUCCGAGACAUGCUUAUCAGCAGCUUUGAGUCUCACAGGAUUCCUUAACACUUAGACGUCCAGGUA